ACCGGUAAUCCUCUGUAUUGCACCGGUAGGAACAGCGAGCCCGCAGGAGCUUUGCAGCCCACAGUGAGCCUGGGGAGGCAGCGCUGUGGGCCCAAUCCACCGUGAAGGCGCCGAUGAGGCCGUGCAUGUGGAGAGCAGGAGGGAGGACCGGUCUCUCUCUCUCUCCGCCGCCCCUUUGGGGCACCCUUCCCCCUUCUUCGAAGGCAAGGUCUUUCUUAAUUUUGCUGACUCGGAUCACAGACUUCCAGGAAGGGUGAGAAAGAGAAGCACAAAUGUCAGAGGAAAGUAUCACACAACCAAGCCGCCCAGUGAAAAUUACUCUUGCUGAGAUACUGAUGGCUUUUGUGGCUUCUACUGAUGCCUAUGAGUCAGAAAAUGGCCCAUGCCUAUAAUAGCAUCCAAAAGCUGAAAACCUUUUCAUUUUAUAUUUCUCAGAAGUCAGUGCAUUUUCCGCUGGUUGGCUGUGGAAAGCAACAUCAUAAUGAAUUGUUUGUAACUUCCAGAUGUGUUUAAACAAACUGCUUUGGAUACAUUUGGGACAGUACCUGACAGUUUAGACUGUACUUGCUUGUAGUAAUGGAUGUGGUAAUAGUACUGGGAUUUGGGACAGAGAACGACAACAGUUGCUUGAACAAGAGAGCUCUUGAAAGAAUCCCACUCAAUGUGCACAUGUGGGGGCAUGCACAUAAACAUAGACACAUGGAUGUAACAGUUCAGAAAUUUGUUUUAGUUCUGCUUUAAAACUAUGGCUUCCUUCAGAUACUACUAGCAAAGCAUGGCCAAAAAUAUCAGCUGCUUCAGCUGGAGUUGAGCGAAAGUGUUCCAAGAAUGCCUAGAAGAGGCUUAAUGUUUCAAGCCAGGACUCGAUGGCUUUUGAUUGGACUUGCUUUACUGUUGAGUUUGCUGCUGAUCAUGUACCUUCUUGAAUGUGCUCCACAAACCGAUAGCAAUGGAUCACUUCCUGGCGUGUUAGGGGAGAAUUUUGGUAAGGAACACUACCAAGCCCUCCUGCAGGAGCAGGAAGAGCAUUACCAAACCAGGGCGAUGAGCCUCAAGCGACAGAUUGCCCAGUUAAAGCAGGAGCUUCAGGAGAUGAGUGAUAAGUUGAAAUUGUUACAGGAAAAGAAAAGCCCCAAAGUCAACAGCAUGGGCUACCAAGGCACGAAAGAACAAGCGCCCAAUGAUCUCCUAGAAUAUCUACAUUCUCAAAUAGACAAAGCUGAAGUCAGUAUGGGGGCCAAACUGCCUAGUGAAUAUGGAGUCAUUCCUUUUGAGAGCUUUACCUCCAUGAAAGUGUUCCAGCUGGAGAUGGGCCUUACACGACAUCCAGAGGAGAAACCUGUUAGAAAAGACAAGCGAGAUGAAUUGGUGGAAGUAAUUGAGGCUGGCCUAGAGGUAAUAAAUAAUCCAGAUGACGAAGAUGGUCAAGAUGAAGAUGAUGGAAUAGGAGAGAGACAGCUUUACAAUGAAAAUGAUUUCAUAGAAGGUUAUUACCGCACUGAAAGAGACAAAGGGACACAGUAUGAAUUGUUCUACAAGAAGGCGGAGGAUAUGGAAUACAGGCAUGUCACACUGUUUCGUCCAUUUGGACCCUUGAUGAAAGUGAAGAGUGAAACUGUUGACAUCUCCAGGUCAAUAAUAAAUAUUAUUGUUCCCCUUGCUGGAAGAACGGAAGUGUUUGCACAGUUCAUGCAAAAUUUCAGGGAGGUAUGCAUUAAUCAGGACAAGCGGAUUCAUCUCACUGUAGUAUAUUUUGGGCAUGAAGGGCUUUCAGAAGUCAAGAGCAUCUUAGAAUCAGUAGCUCGAGAAGUUAACUUCCACAAUUACACUCUCGUUUCUUUGAACGAGGAAUUCAAUCGUGGCCGAGGACUCGAUGUGGGAGCCCGAGCCUGGGAGAAGGGCGAAGUCUUGAUGUUCUUCUGUGAUGUUGAUAUUUAUUUUACAGCUGAGUUCCUAAAUAGCUGCCGUUUGAAUGCUGAGCCAGGCAAGAAAGUUUUCUAUCCUGUAGUAUUCAGCCUUUAUAAUCCUGCCAUUGUCUAUGCUAAUCAAGAUGUGCCACCCCCUGUGGAACAGCAGUUGGUACACAAAAAGGAUUCUGGUUUCUGGCGAGAUUUCGGCUUUGGGAUGACUUGCCAGUAUCGAACAGAUUUCUUGUCUAUUGGUGGGUUUGAUUUGGAGGUCAAAGGCUGGGGUGGGGAGGAUGUUCAUCUUUAUCGGAAGUACUUGCAUGGUGACCUCAUUGUGGUCAGAACCCCAGUGCCUGGCCUCUUUCACCUCUGGCAUGAGAAGCAUUGUGCGGAUGAACUGACUCCAGAGCAAUAUCGCAUGUGCAUCCAGUCUAAAGCCAUGAAUGAGGCAUCUCACUCUCACCUGGGAAUGCUGGUAUUCAGGGAGGAGAUUGAGGCCCAUCUGCGCAAGCAGGCCUACAGGACUAACAGUGAAGCAAUAGGCUAAAAAGAUUCUCCAUGCAAUCUGAAGCCGCUCAAGUUGCUACAACCAGCAUCGUUCUGAAGCCUUAAUUAAACUCAGCUCCAAACAAAACAAAAUGCAGUGCCUCUCUCUUGCUGAAGAUGAGUUCAAAGAUCUUUUUCUCUCGCCAGCUGUUACCUAAAGAUCACAGUUGAUCAGGCACCUGGGUGAAAGGAUACACUUCAAUUGAUUUUCACAAGUUCUGCUGUGGAGGGAAUGGGGUGGGAGAGGCAAUUGAACUCUAGGCCAAUUACGUUCACUUCUCCAUGUCUAGUUUUCUUUAUCUUCAGUUUUCAGAUCUGGAUUAUGUGAGGAUAAGACUCACAGUUUAACAAGUCUACUCCUUUGGUUAUUCUGUACUGCUCAUUUCACUGUAGUUCUUAGAAGGGAACACUAUAUGUAUGUAUACAUUCUACUGAAAGAAUCAAAGCACCAUGGUCAAAGCCUCUGGGAAAUCGUAUGCAAAAACAUGAUACGUUGUGCAGCUAGAAUCACUGAAUUCGCCUUAUUAACCAUCAGGUACACACAUAUAUAUAAAAAGUUUUUAGAAGAGGCCACUGAACAGUUCGUACGAUAAUACUGUCAACACUGUUCUUUUUCAAAUUGUAAAUGGGUUGAGCUUGUAUGCUAUUUGCUUAUUUUAGCUACUGGCCAAAUAAUUUUUGCAUGUUUCGGGAUGUAGAAAAAGAUGCUGUCUUGAACACAAAACUGCACUUCACUGCCUCAUUAUUACACUUCCGAUAGUCUUUGUUCUUGCAAUGAAUGUUGAAAUCCCUGCCACUUAGGUGAAGGAAUUGAAGCCUGGAGAAAUGACAUUUAAGAUUAGACGUCAAUCUAAUCUGAUUGGGUACAUCAUUUUAGGGAACAAAAAUGGCUCCUGCUUUGGGCAUAUUGUAAUGAGCAGUCAUUGAAGGAAAGUAGAACUGAGUAGAGAUGGGCAUGAACUGGAGAACCAGUGGUUUGUGAUGGUUCGUGGCUAACCACAACGCCCCCAGAAAAAUGAAAGAGUUUGUGGUUUGCUUUUCUGGUUUGUGUGAGGCAGGACCUGCCUCUUCCGGUUUUCAACUCUGCUGCCCGCCCCCAUCACCACCACCCCGUGUGGUCCUGCUGCCACUGCUAUUCCACCACAAUCAUAAGAAAUAAUGAACCCGGCUUCCUUGCCAGGAGCUGGGCCCACUGCUUUGGAGCAUGUGCCUGCGUAUUAGGUAGGCAGCCAGUGCAUGCACAGAG